AAAUACCGAACCAAGUCUGGAAAAUCAAAACUCACACUUCAUCUCUUUCUCCGCAACUUUGCUUUCCUUUUUGGUGCAGUGAGACUCUGAGAUUUACCAUCUCCUGAGAUGGGAAGAGGUAGAGUGGAGUUGAAGAGGAUCGAGAACAAGAUCAAUCGGCAAGUGACCUUCGCCAAACGAAGGAAUGGCCUUUUGAAGAAAGCUUAUGAACUUUCUGUCCUUUGUGAUGCCGAGGUUGCUUUGAUCAUCUUCUCCAAUAGAGGAAAGCUGUACGAGUUUUGUAGCAGUUCCAGCAUGAUCAAAACGCUUGAGAGGCAUCAGAAAUGCAGUUAUGGAGCACCGGAGACAAAUCCGUCCACAAGGGAAAUACAGGAACAAAAUAGCUAUCAGGAGUACUUGAGACUUAAAGCACGAGUGGAGGCCCUACAGCGUUCCCAAAGGAAUCUACUGGGAGAGGAUCUAGGCCCACUGAGCGGCAAGGAGCUUGAGUCACUUGAAAGGCAGCUGAAUAUGUCGUUGAAGCAGAUCAGAUCAACACUCAGUACAUGCUGGACCAACUCUCCGAUCUUCAGAAAAGGUCACGUGCAGGAACAAAUGCUAACUGAAGCUAACAAGACUUUGACAAGAAGGCUGGAGGAAGGGAACCAAGCAAAUUAUGGACGCCACUGGGAUCCAAGCGCGCAUGGUGUGGGAUAUGCAAGACAAUCAGUUCAACCUCACGGCGACGGAUUCUUCCAGCCCUUAGAGUGCGAACCCACAUUACAAAUGGGGUACGAUACUAUAACCUCUGUGUUUUGAAUAUUUUGAAUAAAGAACCGAGGAGAAGAAAAAGUUCCAUUUCAAGUAUUUGCUUUGGACUGUGUUUUGAAUAAAGAACCGAGGAGAAGAAAAAGUUCCAUUUCAAGUAUUUGCUUUGGACUUGUACCCGGAUGUCCGAGUUUAGACUCAGUCCAUGCAUUUCAGAUAUUUUAUGUAUGUAUUAGUGACAGAGUAGGUAGGUAGGUAGGUUUUCCUUGUUAUAUAUACUGGACAGUUGGGGGUAUUUUCGGUAAUAAAUCAAUAAUGUGUGACUGUGA